CAACUUAGUAGCAAAAUCAGACAAAUAUUGCCUAACAUACAAAAAUGUUCAAAAAACUCGUUCAUAGAAAUAAUAAAAUCCGGGGUCCCAGAUCACAAGCCCAUAUUUAUUAGUAGAUUUAUUAGUGUCACCAAUGAUAUUUGUUCAUACAAUAAUUAUAUGGAUACCCAUGUUUCUUAUUACCAGCAGAGUUGUAAGAGAGAUAGAGUAAGGUAUCGACAUAUUGAAGGAGUAUUGAACGAAAAGAAGCUUUUGGGCAUUCAAGACUUGGAAAAUAAGGAAGUAGAGACCAGUUUAAAGGUAUCAAAGAAGAAUGAUAAAUUAAAACUCAAUACAGAAAAAAAGGUAGAAGAGAUGAGUAUUGAAAAUCCAUUUGUUAAAGACAAUACUGUUAAAUAUCUUAACCCAUAUCUAGAUAGAAGGAAUAUGGAAUACCACGAAAUUUCUGAAAGUGAAAAUGCGAUAAAGGGAGGUAAGAAAAAUAUGACGACUACUCCCCAAAGAUCCCCAAAACUCUCAAAAGAAGAAUGGAGGAAUGAAUGGUUCAAAAACUUGAAAAUGAUUACAGUAUACUUUGAAAAUCAAUUACCAAACAAUCAAUCUUCAAGUAAAGAGGUUGAUAAAUUAUUUCUAUGCAUGUCUGAAACCUUUAGAGAUAAACUAGGAUCGAUUGUAGUUGAUUCCUAUUCUGAUAAAGUUGAUAUAUUGAUUUUAAAAAGUGAAUUGUCUAAUUUCAAAUCUUUAGAUUCACCUGUUUCUUAUACUUUAGCUAAAAGUAGAAAUUUGUCUGGUAAGGGUGUCAGAAUUUGGCCUUUUAAGAAGACGGUACGAUUUCUUGAAAAUUUAAAUGUUGGUUUUGAUAAAAACAACUUGACCCUAGGUAUAUCUCUGGACAAAGGCGGAACUGAGGUUACCAAACAGCCAAUGUACAGCCCCUCAAAUGACAUUGAUACUAAUGCUGAAUCAAAUGUAGUUUUUGGAGUUGUUUUAGAUGGAGGUGACAAUAAAAUUACUGAUUCUGUCAAUUAUCCAAAUGGAGGGACAACGAAUUUAUUGCAUGAAACAGGUGACGAAGGAAGAAAUGGCGAUACUGGGGGUAAUUCCAGUCCAAAAGACGUAAUAAAAAUGGACGGACCAGAGGAAGAUAAGCCAAAUGAAGAUAAACCAAAUGAAGAAAAACCAAAUGAAGAUAAGCCAAAUGAAGAUAAUAAUAUGGAAAUGGAAAUUAAAAUGAAGAACAAAGAACUUACUCCAAAUUACUCGUCAGAUGGUUCUAUGGAUCAAAUAGGAUUGUAUAGAGAAUUAAUUUCUGCAGAACAAUCACUUGACGAAAUAGAGAUUAUAGAUGACGAGGAAAUAAAUAGUGACGAAGAAACAAAUAGUGACGAAGAAAUAAAUGGUGACGAAAAGGGAUUACUAUUGAACAAUAGUCCAGUUGAAAUAGAAUCUCAACAUUGGGGGACGCUGGUUGAUUUAAGUGCCAGUGAAGAAGUUUAUCAAACCAAGACCGUUCCAAGUAAAAAAGAUAAGGCUGAAAAUCAAUUUGAAGUAAAUGAAACUAUCGUCGAAGUCGAAACAAAUCAAAUUCACAAGAAUACAGAUGAGAAUUUUGAGUUGCCGAAGGAAAAUUUAUUAGAAUCUUUAAAGCUCCAAAAUAAACAGUUUAUCAUAGAAGAUAAGAAAAAAUGUGAAGAAGUAGAAUAUUUGAAAAACUUACUAGAAAUAUCAUUGCAUGCUCUUCAAGUAAGAGAUACUGCCUUAAACAAUGCUAAAAAUUUAAUACAAAAAUUGUCUGGGGAACUAUCAGAUCAGGAAAUCAAAAUUGCAUCACUUUCGAGUAAAUUAAAAGCCACUCAAAAAAGUGCGAGGUCUAAUAAAAACAAUGGACCUCUAUUAUAA